CUCAAAGGCUUGAACUUUCGAGCAGUCAAAAUCUCAAAACCCAAACCCUAAAGCAAAUGCUUUAAACAGAGAGAAGAAGGUCCUAGACCUAAGAGGAAGCAGAGAGUGGGAAGUAGAGGAGAAGAGAAGCGAAGUGCGAUUGUGAAGUUGAGAGUGUGUUGGUGGAAAUGGCGCUCGCAUUCGAUGAGUAUGGGCGGCCAUUCAUAAUACUGAGGGAGCAGGAGCAGAAGACCCGAUUGAGAGGCCUCGAUGCUCAGAAAGCCAACAUUUCCGCUGGCAAAGCCGUCGCUCGGAUCCUCCGGACUUCUCUCGGACCCAAGGGCAUGGACAAGAUGCUCCAGAGCCCCGAUGGUGAAGUCACCGUCACAAAUGAUGGCGCAACAAUUCUGGAGCAGAUGGAUGUCGACAAUCAAAUUGCAAAGUUGAUGGUUGAACUAUCCCAGAGCCAGGACUAUGAAAUUGGUGAUGGGACAACUGGAGUCGUUGUGUUGGCUGGUUCACUUUUAGAGCACGCUGAGCGGCUAUUGGAGCGUGGUAUUCACCCCAUACGGGUUGCAGAGGGAUAUGAAAUGGCAUCUAGAAUAGCUUUCGAUCAUUUGCAGCAUAUAUCACAGAAAUUUGAAUUUGGGCUGGAUAACAUAGAGCCUCUAGUUCGAACUUGCAUGACUACUUUAUCAUCCAAGAUUGUGAAUCGGUGCAAGCGCGACCUUGCUGAGAUUGCUGUGAAAGCAGUUCUUGCUGUUGCAGAUUUAGAGAGGAAGGAUGUGAAUCUAGAUCUGAUAAAAGUAGAGGGGAAAGUAGGGGGUAAGUUGGAAGAUACUGAGCUGGUAUAUGGUAUUCUAAUCGACAAGGAUAUGAGCCAUCCACAAAUGCCAAAGCGAAUUGAAGAUGCAAAAAUUGCUAUCUUGACUUGCCCAUUUGAGCCACCGAAGCCAAAGACAAAACAUAAGGUUGAUAUUGAUACAGUGGAAAAGUUUCAGACUCUACGUCUGCAAGAACAGAAGUACUUUGAUGACAUGGUCCAACAAUGCAAGGAUGUGGGUGCUACCUUGGUCAUUUGUCAAUGGGGAUUUGAUGAUGAAGCAAAUCACCUAUUGAUGCACAGGAACUUGCCUGCUGUCAGAUGGGUUGGUGGUGUAGAGUUGGAACUAAUUGCAAUAGCUACAGGCGGAAGAAUUGUGCCCAGGUUUCAAGAAUUGACACCCGAUAAGCUAGGAAAGGCCGGUAUAGUUCGUGAAAAAUCAUUUGGCACAACAAAAGAUCGAAUGCUGUACAUUGAACACUGUGCAAAUUCAAGGGCUGUGACCAUAUUCAUCCGUGGAGGUAACAAAAUGAUGAUAGAGGAGACUAAACGCAGCAUCCAUGAUGCACUGUGCGUUGCUAGGAAUCUGAUCCGCAACAACUCAAUCGUCUAUGGUGGUGGCUCAGCAGAGAUAUCUUGCUCUGUUGCUGUAGAGGCAGCUGCAGAUAAAUACCCAGGAGUUGAACAAUAUGCCAUUAGAGCAUUUGCAGAUGCUUUGGAUUCUGUCCCCAUGGCACUUGCAGAGAACAGUGGCCUUCAACCCAUUGAAACGCUAUCUGCAGUGAAAUCCCAGCAGAUUAAGGAGAACAAUCCCCACUGCGGAAUAGACUGCAAUGAUGUUGGCACUAAUGACAUGCGCGAGCAGAAUGUGUUUGAGACUUUAAUUGGGAAGCAGCAGCAAAUCUUACUGGCAACACAAGUUGUCAAGAUGAUACUGAAAAUAGAUGAUGUUAUUUCCCCCUCUGAUUUCUGAUAGUCUCUGCGGCUCAUGCUUUGUUUUACCUGCGAAUGAAUUUUAUGUAAUUUUUGUGGCUUGAUUUGGUAUUUUGACUCACUUGGAACAUAUGAUAUUCUCCCUUGAGGAAACUUGUUUGUAGAAUCUGGAGUGGUUUUCACUGGUUGUAGCAUGAUCACUCCUCUGCCUUAAUGCAUCGCUGUUUUUGUUGUUCAACGUCUGAA